AAAAGCCUAGUCCUGUAAUUUCACGUCCCUCUUGUUCCACCACCUUCCUUUAACGGUCCUCCCCCAGCUGAACCAUCAAUGGCAUUGAGAAUUGAGGCUUUAAGCUCAGCCAACUCAACCGCCAUUUUCAGUUAUCAGUUAUCAGUUACAUCUAACCCCCACGUAGAAUCUCCCAGGCCAGGCCUUCCGCCAUUCUCCACUGUAUGAUAUAAACCUUCACAAACGGUGCCCACUGUACUCACGAAAACUCCAGCCAUGAAAAGGCAGAACACAAAUACAAUGAUCGCCAACCCAUUUGACCUGCUCACCGAGGAGAUCGUUUUCGCAAUCCUCGACCGCCUAAACGACGACGCAUUGGCAAAGAAGUCCUUCUCUCUAGUCUGCAAGGCCUUCUACACCAUCGAGUCCCGCCACCGCAGAAACCUGAGGGCUCUCCGGUGCGACCUAAUACUCAGAGCGCUGAAGCGGUACCGUUCUAUCUCCCACCUCGACCUCUCCCGCUGCCCUCGCCUCGACGACGCGACGUUGACCCACGUAGCGCUCGCGACGGCUGGUCGUUUGCGUUCGAUUGACUUGUCGAGGUCGAGGGUCUUCACGCAGGUGGGGCUGGCGAGCCUGGUGGGGAACUGUGCGGGGCUGGUUGAGAUCGACCUAUCGAACCGGACGGAGCUGAGCGACUCGGCGUUGAAGGCUGUAGGGGAGGCGAAGAGCCUGGAGAGGCUGUGGCUGGCGAGGUGUAAGAUGGUCACGGACAUGGGGAUUGGCUGCGUGGCUGUGGGGUGCAGGAAGUUGAGGUUGGUGUGCUUGAAGUGGUGCCUGCGGGUGAGCGAUUGGGGGGUGGGGUUGAUCGCUAUGAAGUGCAAGGAGAUUCGGAGUUUGGAUCUCUCUUAUUUGCCGAUCACUGAGAAAUGUCUUUCACCAAUCCUGCAACUAGAGCAUCUUGAAGAUUUGGUUCUUGAGGGAUGCCCUGGUAUUGAUGAUGAUGGCCUUGCAACCCUCAAACAUAGUUGCAAGUCACUAAAGUUGCUAAAUAUGUCAAAUUGUCCGAAUGUCAGUCAUGUGGGUUUGUCUUCUCUGACAAAUGGCGCUGAUGGCCUACAGCAGCUUAUCCUAACAUAUGGUCCUGCAGUCACCACUGAUCUAGCAAAAUGUAUGCAAAGUAUUUCGGGGUUGCAAUCAAUUAAGUUAGAUGGUUGUUCAGUUACAACCUCUGCCAUAAAAGGCAUUGGAAAUUGGCUUGCCUCACUCAAGGAGCUCAGCUUAAGUAAGUGCUCAGGCAUUACUGAUGAAUGCCUGUCCUUCCUCGUGCAAACACACAAAGAAUUGAGGAAGUUAGACAUCACAUGCUGUCGCAAGAUAACAUAUGCCUCUAUAGACAGCAUAACAAAUUCAUGCACCUUCCUCACUUCUCUGAAGAUGGAGUCUUGUAGUUUGGUUUCAAAGGAUGCUUUUGAGUUGAUUGGACAGCGUUGCCGACUCUUGAAGGAAUUGGAUGUCACAGAUAAUGAUAUUGACAAUGAAGGUUUGAAGUCCAUAUCAAGAUGUUCCAAACUUCUUACCUUGAAACUUGCGAUUUGCUUGAACAUAACUGAUCAUGGGCUUACCCAUGUUGCAAAUGGUUGUUCCAUGCUCAAAGAGCUGGAUCUCUACAGAUCCUCUGGAAUAACUGAUGCUGGCAUAGCGGCAAUUGCUCAUGGCUGUCCUGCACUGGAGAUGAUUAACAUUGCCUAUAACGAGAAAAUUACCGAUAAUUCGUUAAUAUCUUUGUCAAAAUGUCUGAUGUUAAAAGCACUUGAGAUCCGAGGGUGUCCUUCUGUCUCAUCAAAGGGUCUAUCAGCUGUCGCCAUGGGAUGUAGGCAACUUAUGGUUCUGGACAUAAAGAAGUGUGUCAACAUUAAUGAUAAUGGAAUGAUUCCACUUGCUCAAUUUUCCCAAAACCUCAAACAGAUAAACUUGUCAUAUUGUGCGAUUACAGAUGCAGGGCUCUUAGCUCUCGCGAGCACAAACCGGCUGCAAAACAUGACUAUCUUGCACUUGGCUGGUUUGACCCCUAACGGUCUGGCCGCUGCCUUGUUGUCCUGUCAAGGGCUAACAAAAGUGAAGCUCCACAAAUCCUUCAAACCAUUACUUCCUCAAUCUAUUUUUGAAUUCAUGGAAGCCCGUGGCUGUAUCUUUCACUGGAGGGACAAAGCAUUCCAGGUGGAAAUAGAUCCAAAAGGAUGGGAGCUGCAUGCUGGAAGGAGCCCUGAAGCUCCAUAGAUUGGAGAGGAAAAUGACUUGUUUAUCUCAGUUUUUUCGAUCUGUGCAUGGUGCCUGCAGCCUCGAGUCCGGAAUUUUAUGUAAUGAAAUGGAUAUUGGGAUUGCUGAAGUUAUCCACUCAAUGUUUGAAUCGACCAAAUUUGACCAUUGUGUUGGCUUUUUAGUUUUAAUUUUGUGUUGAUUAUUGAAAA